AUUGGGCCGAAGGGCAGGGCCAGGCAGCUACAAUGGAUGAAAUUCAAUCAGAACCAAACCAGCGCAAAGCCACUCCGCCGCCACCUACUCCGCCGCAACCCCUUCACCAGAGUGACGCAGACGAAGAAGAUGAGAACGUGAAGCAGCUGGAUGGCUGCGCUUCCCACUAUCUUUCAAUGCAGGAAUGCAUCGCUAAUUCAAACAGGGAUUGGAAAGCCUGCCAGGCGGAAGUGCAAGCUCUGAAGGCGUGCAUGGAGAAGAGAAGGGGUAACAAAUAGAGAUGAGAAUUCUGCAGAGAAGGGAUUCUAGCGGGAGUGAUCUGCUCUGCUUCUGGGAUGGAAGUGAGAGAAUAAAAUGUGAAAAAUGGAAUCUGUGUACUAUUCAAAGACGUUGAUCUCGUAAUUGCAUCCAUAGCCUUGCCCUAUUAUUACCUGGCAUUUGAUUGCUGCAAAUAAACUCUGCUCCCUGCCCAAGGCGAAAAUGAGACGGAUCUUGAGAUAUUACGAAAUUUUGGCAACAGAGAUGAGUCAUUAUGUAGAAUUCAAUUCCUUGAUUGCUCUGAUCUAAAGAAGUAAAGAUUUUUCGUCAUUGGUAUUUUGUUAAGUAUCUUUUAUGAACACUUUUUCACACGAGGCGCCUGGCGGCAGGCAU